GGGCGCGGGUCACGGCGCAGGCGCGCUGGGGAGGGAGGGCUAUGCUAAUGUUGUUGAUAUCCUGGGGCCACCCGAGUUAAAGGGGGGAAAUCCGGGGGCUGCCGCAGCCGCCGCCGGUCUGGGCACAGCGGGGGCCCCCCCUGUAGUCGCCGUAGUCCCAGGGAGAGGCGCCUGCCCCCAGCUCGGGGAGGGGGCGCCGCGGGCCCGGGGAGCACGGACAACCCCUACCCAUGAGGCCCUGAUGGAAAACACAAAGGAUCUGACCGAACAUUCUUCACGCUCUGAAAGGAAAAGGAGAGACUCAUUCGGGAUGUUUGACGGUUAUGAUAGCUGCAGUGAGGACACGAGUAGCAGUUCCAGCUCUGAGGAGAGUGAAGAAGAAGUUGCUCCUUUACCUUCGAACCUCCCAAUUAUCAAAAACAAUGGACAAGUGUACACGUACCCCGAUGGUAAAUCUGGCAUGGCUACCUGCGAAAUGUGUGGGAUGGUUGGUGUGCGAGAUGCUUUUUACUCCAAAACAAAGCGUUUCUGUAGCGUUUCAUGUUCACGAAGCUAUUCGUCAAACUCCAAGAAGGCAAGCAUUUUGGCCAGACUUCAGGUAACGGGUAAGCCUCCAACAAAGAAAGCAAAAGUUCUUCAGAAACAACCUUUAGUUGCUAAACUAGCCGCCUAUGCUCAGUAUCAAGCUACCUUGCAAAAUCAAGCAAAGACUAAAGCAGCAGUAUCCAUGGAGGGCUUCAGCUGGGGUAACUACAUCAAUAGCAAUAGCUUUAUAGCAGCUCCGGUUACCUGCUUUAAACAUGCACCUAUGGGGACCUGCUGGGGUGAUAUCUCAGAAAAUGUGAGAGUAGAAGUUCCCAAUACAGACUGCAGCCUACCUACCAAAGUCUUCUGGAUUGCUGGAAUUGUAAAAUUAGCAGGUUACAAUGCCCUUUUAAGAUAUGAAGGAUUUGAAAAUGACCCUGGGCUGGACUUCUGGUGCAAUGUCUGUGGCUCUGACAUCCAUCCAGUCGGCUGGUGUGCAGCCAGUGGAAAGCCCCUUGUCCCUCCCAGAACUAUUCAGCAUAAGUAUACAAACUGGAAAGCUUUUCUAGUGAAACGACUUACUGGUGCCAAAACACUUCCUCCCGAUUUCUCACAGAAGGUUUCAGAGAGUAUGCAGUAUCCUUUCAAACCUUGCAUGAGAGUAGAAGUGGUUGACAAGAGGCAUUUGUGUCGCACGCGAGUGGCAGUGGUGGAAAGUGUAAUUGGAGGAAGAUUAAGACUAGUGUAUGAAGAGAGUGAAGAUAGAACAGAUGACUUCUGGUGCCAUAUGCACAGCCCGUUAAUCCAUCAUAUCGGUUGGUCUCGAAGCAUAGGCCAUCGAUUCAAAAGAUCUGAUAUUACAAAGAAACAGGAUGGACAUUUUGAUACACCACCACAUUUAUUUGCUAAGGUAAAAGAAGUAGACCAGAGUGGGGAAUGGUUCAAGGAAGGAAUGAAAUUGGAAGCUAUAGACCCGUUAAAUCUUUCCACAAUAUGUGUCGCGACUAUUAGAAAGGUGCUGGCUGAUGGAUUCCUGAUGAUUGGGAUCGAUGGCUCAGAAGCAGCAGAUGGAUCUGACUGGUUCUGUUACCAUGCAACCUCCCCUUCUAUUUUCCCUGUUGGUUUCUGUGAAAUUAACAUGAUUGAACUUACUCCACCUAGAGGUUACACAAAACUUCCUUUUAAAUGGUUUGACUACCUCAGGGAAACUGGCUCCAUUGCAGCACCAGUAAAACUAUUUAAUAAGGAUGUUCCAAAUCACGGAUUUCGUGUAGGAAUGAAAUUAGAAGCAGUAGAUCUCAUGGAGCCACGGUUGAUAUGUGUAGCCACAGUAACUCGAAUUAUUCAUCGUCUCUUGAGGAUACACUUCGACGGAUGGGAAGAAGAGUACGAUCAGUGGGUAGACUGUGAGUCCCCUGACCUCUAUCCUGUAGGGUGGUGUCAGUUAACUGGAUAUCAGCUACAGCCUCCGGCUUCACAGUCGUCAAGAGAAAGCCAAUCAGGUUCUUCAAAACAGAAGAAAAAGGCUAAGUCCCAGCAAUACAAAGGACAUAAGAAAAAGAGGAAGAUGCCAGUUGGGAAGAAGCCUGUCAGUUUGUCGAGCCUGCCCAUGACAGGUGGGGUGCGGAGGAGCUUCUCUGGUGACGAAGAGUUGACUCCUCCUCCAUAUCGAACCCUUCCAGCACAGACAGCCCCAGAGGCCUUCCCACCUCCCAGCACUAGCCGAGAGUUCAGUCCCAGCCUCAAAACAGUGACUACAUUGCAGCUGAAGGAGGAGUUGAUAGACGGAGAGGAUUAUAAUUUCCUCCAAGGAGCAUCUGAUCAGGAAAGCAAUGGCUCUGCCAACUUCUACAUCAAACAAGAGCCCUGAGAGGGCUCCAAAACUGAGGGCGGGAGGGGAAGAAUUUUACACAGGACUGAUUUAUAAUCCCUCGAGCUGUACAGCGGGGCUAUUCUACUGGGACAUUUUGCUAAACAUAGAAAAUUUCAGUUCCAGAUUUUUCAGGUGGGUGGGGAAACUAUUUUAGUCGUGGGGGGAAAUUUUUCAAUUUAUAAAGAUGGACAAUUUUUGUGUUGUAUUUGAAGCUUUUGAAAGAAUUUUGUAAUAUUUUCCAAGUUUGGAUUUAUGUGCAUUGUUAACAACUGAAAUUCUAACUUUUUGGUAAGAUUAAAGUUUAGGUAGCAGGAUUGAAGGAAAUGAUUUAAGAAGGAUAUAGUUGUAAAUGCAAAUGAACUGUCAUUACAAAUGAACCUUUUUUGGUACCUGUUGGGAGAUCUUGGGGAUUUUAGAAGUUAGGCCAGUCACAUCUCCAGCUUCCUUUGCUGCAGAAAUAUGCAACUGAGCCCGCCUCUCGUGGAGGGUUCAUCACCACAUAGAUCAUGGAAGGGGAAUUAAAUCCGCUUGGUGGCAUUUUGUUGUAGCCCAUUUUAAAUGUUUGUACAGAAAUGUUUUUCAUUCUGUGAAAAUUUAUUUGGAGUUCUAUAUGAAACUGGAAGAACUCUAAUACUUUUAUAUGUUCUCUUUUAAUUAAAAAAUGAUUAAAAUUAUCCUAACACUAAAGUGUUAAACUGGAAUGGUUGACCAGAUGAACAGGAUCUCAGUGUACACGUUGAGGGGUUGGGGAAAGUAUAAUAUUGUCCUUCGUUCGUUUUCUUUUCCUUACUAAAAGACCCCCCACAAGAGGGAUUCUGAUCAGUUCUCUGCCAUUUCCCUCCAUCUGUUAGAUAAUACUUAAUAUAACCACACCCCAAAACAGAUGUUCUUCUGUAUAACCAGUAGAAUCAAAUCAAAAGUUGUUUAAAGCCAAAAAUCAGUUUAGAAUUCAAAAUCAUUCCAGCUCUGCUUUUAACUAUCCUGGAUUUGUUUAAAAAAAAAAAAA